AUGGGAUCAUCAUUAUCAGUGUUUGCCAGAAUAUGGAAUAAAAUGUUUAAUAAUGCAGAGUAUAAAGUGAUUAUCGUUGGUUUGAAUGCAGCAGGUAAAACAACAACACUUUACAAGUUGUUACUCGACGAGGUAGUCUCUACAACACCAACCGUAGGAAGUAAUCUCGAAGAGUUUGUAUAUAGAAAUAUUAGGUUGCUUAUGUGGGAUCUUGGUGGGCAGGAUCUACUCAGAUCCACUUGGAAUCAAUACUACAUUAACACACAGGCUGUAAUAUUAGUAAUAGAUAGUACUGAUAGAACGAGAGUUCCACUCAUCAAAGAAGAGCUUUUCAAGAUGCUCGCUCACGAAAAUCUAAAGAAAUCAAUUAUACUUUUGUUUGCAAAUAAACAAGAUCUAAAAGGUGCAAUGUCAGCUGCGGAGCUAACAAACCUAUUAUCACUCCAUACCAUCAAAGAUCACCCAUGGCAUAUUCAAGCAUGCUGUGCAUUGACAGGUGAAGGUUUAGAACAAGGAAUGGAUUGGCUAGUUUCAAAUAUUAACAAAGGAUAA